CAAGUACUAAUGUUAACUGUUAACUACCAGUGCUCAUUCUGUCUGAUGCAACCGUUAACGACGUGAGCACAUGACCCUGGUACGUUCCUUAUUCCUUGUCAAGGGUUUCCCGCAUUUUCAUUGAGCUCUAUGCUAUUCGAGAUGACGACGAGAACACGUCCAGAUACAUUGUACGCCUACUUGAUGCUGUAUAGAGUCAUUACUGUUACGUUUCGAGUGCGUCCUGCCUGUCGCCCAAGUUCUCGUGACCAGCCGAGGGGUCUUCCCCGAUAAUUACAUAAUUACAGUCGCGGCUGUGCGUAACUGACGAGCAUCAUACUUCAGUAAGGCUGUUUAGUUGUAUUGUUGGAGGCCUACGGUAGCGCCGGUCAUCGCCUACCCUACUCGCCUGGCACAUUAACGCCAGAUGAGAUUGUCCAUGAAGAUACCUUUACCACUAGCGGUAUUGCUACUGAUAGCCCUGCAGUUGGCUGGCUUUGCAAAGGCCCAGCCAACGGCCGCAGCGGUCGGAGAUGCCUUGAACAUAACAAUGGCUUCAGCAAUUCCUGUUCUAUUGAAAAACAUUUCAACAUUCUCCGGCGCGCGUACCUUCUACGCUUCACCCUUCGUAAUGUAUGCAUCACGCGGCUUCCCGGUCGUCCUUGGUGCUAGCAGUACACCACACGCGGUAGUUGCUGCUGCUCAGCUUGAUUCUGGGAGUCGCGUCGUCGCUUUCGGACACGAGAGCAUGGUAACAGGCUGCUGCAGCACCGGUGAUGCCAUCGACAAAUUGGCCGUGAAUGCCUUCAAUUGGCUUUCGGGCUCGCAACCCGGCCGCACCUCCCUCAAGAUUGCCACCCUCUCGAGCUCCUACUCCACUGCCCUCACGGCCAUCGGAAAGGCAGUGGCGAGCAUGCUCAAGAUUACUGUCACCACAUCCGUCCUUACUGUGGACAAGUUCGCAACCGCUGCAGGCACCAGUCUCCCAGAUAUCUACUGGAUCGACUCCUACACCACCUACACGGCCGCCCAAGUGACGGCUCUGCUGAGCUUCGCAAACAAGACCGGACGUGGGCUGAUUGUUACCGGUCAUGCAUGGUACUGGAGCUACAGCCACGAUGAAAACCCGCUUACCGGGCACCCCGUAAAUGCCGUGCUAUGGCCGCUAGGCCUGGGCCUCACAACCGACUAUGACAGCGGCUACCAGGAGCCUUCCUACACUGCUAAGAAUUCCUCCCGGUGGCUCUUCUACAACGCAAACUAUACGCUGUGUCGAGUGGUUGAGGCGGCCCGAGGCGUGCGGGCUUUGGAAUCUACCAUGUACGGACCCGCCAGCGAGUGCCUGAACCAGCUGCUCACCAUCCUGCCCGGCCAGUACAGCCCCGCCCUGCCCGCCACUGCGUCCAACAAGCCCUUCCAGCCUCUUUGGGACUUCCUGUUCCAAGCCAAGAACGCAUCGGCGCCUGCUGUGGGCCCUAACAAGCCCUUCACGGUCAAGGGAGCGCAUCCGUCGAUGCUCCUGGAGCCCGCCAUCGACGCCGCCAUCACCCGCAAUGGUGACAUCACCAACCUCAAGCCCUCCAAGUCCGCGCCGCUCUACCCCGGAAUGCCUUUUCCCAAUACCUCCAAACCCAGUCCCGACCCCAUUACCCUCACCAUCAACACCACCUACACCGGCGUCAUGAUGGGCAUGCCCAUGUCGGGCAGUGGAGACCAGGUGUGGCGGUCCACGGGCCUGUACGCGCCUGCUGGCGCCAUUGUGAACGUGACGGUUGAGGCCAAGGGCGUUGGAAAGGGCCUCCUGGUUCAGGUUGGCGCUCAUACGGACUGGUUGGACAGCAAGGAUGUUUGGUACCGGGUACCGCGCGCCGUGGCAAGCUGGAAGAUCAACUCCGCCAUCAUGAGCGUGGGAAGCCCCCUGGGCGGCCUCAUCUUCAUUGUCGUGCCCAAGGGCCUGAUGGCAACGGUUGGGAGCUUGCAGAUCACCAUCCGUGGAGCCCUGCGCGCGCCGUACUAUAAGCACAACGUGACUGCCGCGGCUGAAUGGGCAAACACUAUCCGCUACUACCCCGCCCCCUGGGCUGAACUGGAUAACGGCAAGAUCGUACUCAUGGUGCCAUCUGCGGCCAUUCGCAACAUGACGGACCCCGCCCCGCUGAUGGAGCACUGGGCGAAGGUGAUGGACGGCAUGGCAUGGCUGUCUAACAUGAGCCCCGACAGGCCCAGGGCGGAGCGGUUCCUGGUGGAUGCCGACAUCUCUGCCGGCUGGAUGCACAACGGCUACCCGAUCAUGGCGUAUGACGACCCAGGAGUGUGGCAGGAGCUUCUGAAUGUCACAUAUGUCAAGAAAGCUGGCGCCUGGGGUCCUUUCCACGAGUUGGGUCACAACCACCAGUGGAGCGACAUGCAGUUCUCAGGCACGGGGGAGAGCUUCAACAACCUCUUUUCCGUUUACACUGAGAUGGAGGUCCUGGGUUUCACCUCCACCCAAAUCCACUCGAGUGCCACCCCGACCGCUAGAGCCGCAGCUCGUAAGAAGUACCUGAGCAGCGGAGCCAAGUGGUCCACUGACUGGAACGUCUGGGUGGCCCUCGACACGUAUCUGCAGCUUCAAGAAGGGUUUGGCUGGUCCUUCUACCGCAACGUCUUUGCGGCCUAUCAGAAGGCUACUACGUCUCCUACGAAUGCUGUUCAGACAUGGAUUCAAGUGACCAGCAAGGUCGCGAACCGUAACCUGGUCCCCUUCUACAGCGCCUGGGGCUUCCCCGUCUCUCAGGCCACCAAGGAUGCGGUCAGCACCCUGCCCGCAUGGACGGCGAACCCCAUGACCAAGAUAGCCAAAUCUGGCUAGGGGACCUUAUAUUACGCUGCGCGCUGCGUACUUUGCACAUUACUGUACGAGCAGCGGAUGCGAAGGUGUUUGCCGCCCUUCUUUCAUUGUGGCUGGUGUCUUUGUUGCGAUUCCGAGCAACCGUUUUUGGGACCCAUAAAUCCAGAAAACCACCCAAGUCCCUCACUCGUUGCUGGCUGCUGGAAUGCAAACGAAGGACGCAUUGCGCUGCGGGUGAAUGCUAUGAAGGCACGCAAUUUGCAAUUUAUGGCGGCCGUCUUUAGGUAUUUGCGCUUCGUGAACUUCUGAUACCCUUGAUGGACUCGAACACAGCGUGCCAAAAUAUUGGUAAACCCUCGUGAUGUAGGCGAUCUUCAUUUUAAGGGUUCAUGCGUGCAUGCAUAAUCAUGUUGGUUGUGUGAUGCCGUGUUGGCAGUCUGGUUGAUUUCCCAAAAAAAUGCACCGCUAUAUAAAUUAGCCUUGAUCACCUUCUUGGCGCGCCCGGUGUAGUCAUUACUGCCACAUGUGACAAAUUGAUGCCGCCAUGCAGGCGGUAAUUGUUCGUUGAGCGCCAUGCAGGCGGUAAUUGGUCAUUGGGCUUUACCGAAUAACUUCGGAAUUAUUCCUCGGAUCUUUCCCAACCUAGUUGAGGUUUGCACAUAUCGCCAGCAUUAGGCGUCAGUGUGGGAUGAUUGUGGUUACUGCGGUUACUGGAGGAAUGUCGUGCCAUGACAGGAAAGUUGCGGUUAUAUGUUGAAUGUACGUCCCUAUCCUUGGCAUGCACGUUUCAACUGUAGAAGCUUUAAAUGGUCCGUGCCGCCCUAUGUAUGGUUUUUGCAGUAUUGUUAUUGUAGUGUUAUGUACUUCAAACUUGCGCCCAUUGUUUAGUCCUACGUGCUAGGUCCUAGGGUUAGUUAGCUGGUUUGUUGAUUGGCCGUAUUGUUUCAUGCAGGUUUGGCGGGUAGGAUAUGAGCGGUAUAAAUCUGGGUAGUUACGUAUGCGUUUUCUGUGGUCGAAACAAGCCUUUCGUUCCUUGCUGUAACAAAUCGCAUUGCACCA